UCUGAUGCAGCUGUACAGUGCGCGCCAGCGGCGGCGGCUGAACCGGGGCCUUCGGUGGAAGCAGCACUCGCUGCUCAAGCGCCUGCACAAGGCCAAGAAGGAGGCGCCGCCCAUGGAGAAGCCGGAAGUGGUGAAGACGCACCUGCGGGACAUGAUCAUCCUGCCCGAGAUGGUGGGCAGCAUGGUGGGCGUCUACAACGGCAAGACUUUCAACCAGGUGGAGAUCAAGCCCGAGAUGAUCGGCCACUACCUGGGCGAGUUCUCCAUCACCUACAAGCCCGUGAAGCACGGCCGGCCGGGCAUCGGGGCCACUCACUGGUCCCGCUUCAUCCCCCUCAAGUAGCGGCUCUGCUAAUAAAGGCACCCAGACCUCCAAAAAAAAAAAAAAAAA